AAAGAAAAUAGGAUUGCAAAAAUUAUAAAAGAUGCAGUGAAUGAUGCAUUUGCAAGACAAAGGAUUGAAGAAAUAUCAGUAUCAAAACUUUCACAAGCAAUGAUUAUGAAAAUUGAGAGCAAAAUUGGUAUAUGUGAGAUAAGA